GGCUACGCCCACCGCACGCGCCGUUCCUGGGGAGUCGCGUAGUCGACGCCGAAUAGCUAGCGCGUCGGCGUGGGCGUCAACGGCCGCAGAUCAGCUAUAAACUCCCAACGCCGCGAACCGGACCUCGGGGUCGUCGCCGUCAACAGCGCGGAGUUGGCCGAGCCACACAGCUGGUUGGACAGCGCUAGCGACAUGGACCGUGAGCCCAGAAGCCACCACGAAGACUCCGGUUACCUCAGCCUGGGAGUCGACGAGCUCCAGGAAGAACCUGAGACGAACCCCACCGAGGUCUCGGGCAUCGCAACAGGUGCCGCCGUCGAGGAGGAGUCGGGAUCAGAACCCGAGCCGGGAGCGGCGACAGCAGAACAGGGCCAGGUUGGGGCGGGAGCUCCCGACCCCGUGGUCGACGAGAUGCUGAAGGGCGGCGGCGGCGGCGGCGGCGGCGGCGGCGGCGGCGACGGCGACAGGGAGGAGUUUCCACAGGAGCCGAUGCAGGCGGACGGGGAGGAUCCGCAGCCCUCGGACAGGCAGCCACGCUUCCACCGCUGCUCGUUCCGCCGGCUGCAGCUGAAGGAGCUGGAGAGCGUUUUCCAGCGCAGCCAGUACCCCAAUGUGUUCGCUCGGAAGGAGCUUGCGAUUCCAAUCGAUGGGAGCGAAACCAAAGUGCAGUUCAGCAAGCCUGAAAACAACAAUUUGUGAGGGCAGCAAUUAUAAAACCUGCUUCAAGUCUUGGACACUUUCGUCCUAGACAUUCUCAAGUUUGUUUUUCUUUUUUUGAUGCCUUUUCCAUGUUUAGCAAAUAAGUUUUGAACUUUGGGGGCUUUGGCAAGUGGAAAUGGGAUAAGUAAACACCAGUUUAUGGAAAUUGCCAAUUAUUAGAAGUAAUGUGAUUUCCUAAAAGAGCAAGAAAAGGAAAUCACUGUUCCUAUUUCCUGUGAAAAAUUAAACAUAAUAAAGUUCAAUUUCCUUUA